AAUUUAAUUUAGAUUUUGUUUGUUGUGGAGUUAACAUAGUUCUGUUUUGUGUUUAUCUAAAUCAGUAUGUGUGGAAUUUUUGCAUACUUGAAUUACCUGACGCCGAAGAAGCGUGAGGAAAUUUUGGAAUUUCUUGUAAAUGGAUUAAAGAGGUUGGAGUAUCGAGGAUAUGACUCGGCAGGUGUUGCCAUCGAUGGGCCCAUAAACAAGGAUAUAGCCAUCAUCAAAAAAACUGGAAAAGUAGCUCUGCUCCAGCAAGAAAUCGAAAACAGGAGCAAUGAACUGGACAUGUCGCGAUCAUUGGACGUCCAUUGCGGUCUGGCGCACACCCGAUGGGCCACCCACGGGGUGCCCAACGAGGUGAACAGCCACCCCCACAGGUCCGACGAGGGCAACGGCUUCGUCGUUGUCCACAAUGGCAUCGUGACCAACUAUAAGGAGGUGAGGGUGUUUCUGCAGAAGAAGGGUCAUCGGUUCGAGAGCGACACCGACACGGAGGUGAUCGCCAAGCUGGUCUACCAUUUCUACAAGGAGCACCCUGAUUUUUCGUUCAGGGAGUUGGUGGAGUGCGUCGUGCAGCAGUUGGAAGGUGCAUUUGCUUUAUGCUUCAAAUCGAAAUUCUUCCCUGGAGAAUGUGUGGCUACCCGACGAGGCUCCCCACUUUUGGUGGGGAUCAAAACUGCCACACGUUUGGCAACAGACCACAUUCCAAUUCUAUAUGGAAAGGAAGAGCUACCACCUUUGUCUCCAACAGAGCCAGAUUCCAGUUCAGAACACAGGCCUCAUGGAAGAACGGAAUUCCCCACGUUGCCCAGGACCGGUUCUACUUCAGAAUUCGAGCCACUCGAAGACAAGCAAGUCGAAUACUUCUUUGCUUCGGACGCCUCGGCAAUCAUCGAACACACAAAUCGCGUCAUCUAUUUUGAGGAUGAUGAUGUUGCGGCCAUCAAAAAUGGUGCUCUGAGCAUUCACAGGAUCAGAAGAGGCGGCGAUGACCCACACAAACGUGAAAUCACUACCUUGAAAAUGGAGUUGCAACAGAUCAUGAAGGGUAACUACGACUUCUUCAUGCAGAAGGAGAUUUUCGAACAGCCAGAAUCAGUUGUAAAUACCAUGAGAGGACGGCUUAACUUUGAAACAGGCUCCGUCUACCUGGGCGGCAUCAAGGACUACAUCCCCGAAAUCAAGCGCUGCCGCAGGCUGAUGCUGAUCGGCUGCGGCACCAGCUAUCACAGCGCCAUAGCUACCAGGCAGCUGCUGGAGGAGCUCACCGAGCUGCCCGUCAUGGUCGAGCUGGCCAGCGACUUUCUAGACCGCACCACCCCCGUGUUCCGGGACGACGUCUGCUUCUUCAUCUCGCAGUCCGGCGAGACGGCCGACACCCUGAUGGCGCUGCGCUACUGCAAGGCCCGCGGUGCCCUCAUCAUCGGCAUCACCAACACGGUGGGCAGCUCCAUUUCGCGCGAGUCCCACUGCGGGGUGCACAUCAACGCCGGUCCCGAGAUCGGGGUGGCCUCGACGAAGGCCUACACCAGUCAGUUCAUUUCGUUGGUGAUGUUCGCGCUGGUCAUGAGCGAGGAUCGGCUGUCGUUGAGGACGAGAAGGGAAGAGAUCAUCAAUGGCCUCAAGAACUUGCAAGAGCAAAUUCGACAAGUCUUAAAACUGGACAGCGAAGUGAAGUUGCUCGCCGAAGAUUUGUACAAGAAGAAGUCUCUGUUGAUUAUGGGCAGAGGCUUCAAUUACGCCACUUGUCUCGAGGGUGCUUUGAAAGUGAAAGAACUGACUUACAUGCAUAGUGAAGGCAUCAUGGCUGGCGAACUAAAACAUGGACCUUUAGCACUGGUCGACGAAGCUAUGCCUGUGAUGAUGAUCAUCAUGAGGGACCCUGUGUACACCAAGUGCAUUAAUGCUUUACAACAGGUGGCUGCUCGUGAUGGUAAACCUAUCAUAGUGUGCCAGGAGGGCGAUAAGGAGACGAUGGCCUUCGGCUACAGGGUGUUGGAAGUGCCCAGGACGGUGGAUUGCCUGCAAGGUAUCCUCACUGUCAUUCCCUUGCAGUUGCUGUCUUUCCACAUUGCAGUCCUCAAAGGUUGCAAUGUCGAUUGUCCUCGUAACUUGGCUAAGAGUGUAACAGUUGAAUGAAAAGACUCCCACCACUUUGAGGAUUUGUAUAAUAUUGAGACAUUCCUAUUUUCUAAUGGACUUACCCUGUAGGUAUAUUCCACAUGUUUGAUUUCUAUUUUUCUUUUGAAGGUAAUUGACCCUGUAAAAAUGUAUAUUUUCAUAUUCAUUCUUUCAUCCAAAGGUUUUGCAUUUAUCGAUUAUCAAGGGAACAAAACAAAUUUUCAUUUUAAUUUGUGAUAUUUUGGUACUUACUUCCAUAUUGUAUAUCAAAUCAUAUAUUUGUUAUUUAUUUGAAAUUUGUGAAAUUUCUGUUAUUCCUACACUGAGUGUUUCAGAGUUGUAGGGACAAAAGCCUAGGGAAAGAUUCUGCUCAUCCCAAUAGUACUUCAUAGGCCUUUUUUUUUCUUGAAAAUGUUUUGAUAAAAUGAGUGCCUAUAUAACAAUAUUCUCGAAAUGUCAGAAUUUGUCAAAUUCUUUACGGAAAAAUUCAUCUUGGAACAGAAAACGAAAAAAAAACAAGUACCUACUAAACUUCAAGACUAUUUGAUUAAUGGAACUCCGCAUGAUUGUGCCUACCACAGGAAUAUUUGUACAGAGGUGACGUCAGAAAUUUCAUUUUGAUUCCUACCCUUAUAUUUUUUAUUGUGUCAUUUGAUAGUAUAUGUCAAGCUUCUUUAGGGUUAUAUGUUAG